UGCUGCUGGGGCUGGCGGGGGGGCUGCGGCACCGCCUCAACCACCGGGACCCCCCCGGCGACACCGGCGACAGCGGCGGCGACAGCGGCGGCGACAGCGACAGCGACAAACACGUCCGGGAGUUUCUGAGCUGGGCCGAGCCGGUGGCCGCGCGGGUCCAGGAGCUGCAGCUGCAGCGCGGAGACUUCGAGAUCCUGAAGGUGAUCGGGAGAGGCGCCUUCAGCGAGGUGGCCGUGGUGAGGAUGAAGGAGAGCGGGCAGAUCUACGCCAUGAAAAUCAUGAACAAGUGGGACAUGCUGCGGAGGGGAGAGGUGUCGUGUUUCCGCGAGGAGCGGGAGGUGCUGGCGCGCGGGGACCGGCGCUGGAUCACGCGGCUGCACUUCGCCUUCCAGGACCCGCAGUGCCUGUACCUGGUGAUGGAGUACUACAUCGGCGGUGACCUCCUGACCCUGCUCAGCAAAUUUGGGGACCGGCUGCCGCUGGCCAUGGCGCGCUUCUACCUGGCCGAGCUGGUGAUGGCCAUCGACUCGGUGCACCGCCUGGGAUACGUGCACAGGGACAUCAAACCCGACAACAUCCUGCUGGACCGCUGGGGCCACGUCCGGCUUGGGGACUUCGGGUCCUGCCUGCGCCUGGGGCCGGAUGGCACCGUGCGCUCCUCGGUGGCCGUGGGCACCCCCGAUUACCUGUCCCCCGAGAUGCUCCUGGCCGUCGAGGACCCCUCGCGCUCGUACGGCCCCGAGUGUGACUGGUGGGCGCUGGGGGUCCUGGCCUACGAGAUGUUCUACGGGCGGCCCCCGUUCUUCGCCGACAGCGUCCUCGAGACCUACGCCAAGAUCCUGCACUUCCAGGACCACCUCCACCUGCCCGAGGACGACCGCGGGGUCCCCGCGGCCGCGCGCGCUCUGGUUCGGGGGCUGCUGUGCGCGCCGGGCGCGCGCCUGGGCCGCGGGGGCGCGCGCGAUUUCCGCGCCCUUCCGCUGUUCGCGGGAAUGCGCUGGCGCGCGCUCCGCCGCUGCCCCGCCCCCUUCGCGCCCAGCGCCGCCGGCGCCGCCGACACCUCCAACUUCGACGUGCUGGACGAUUGUCUGAGCCAGCAGGAGCUGCUGGGGGAGCCCGGGGACCCCCCCGAGCUGGGGCUGCACCUCCCGUUCGUGGGGUACUCGUACGCUCGGGGGGACACAGAGGAUGAGGAGGAAGAUGAGGAUGAGGAUGAGGAUGAGGAUGAGGAUGAGGAGUGGGACCAGGACACGGCCAUGGAGCUGGAGGGGGAGUGGGGGACCCCCCCCGAAUCGGGGACCCCCCCGGGCACCGCCACCCCCUUGGCCGUGGGGACCCCCCCCCGAAGGGGGACGCCCCCUCCCCCACCCCUGAGACACCCCACGCCCCCCCCGGGGACCCCCCCCUCAAAAGGAACCCCCCCCACCCACGGGGACCUCGGAACUGACGGGACCCCCGCCCCAAAAAGGGCCCCUCCCCCCGCCCCCAAGGGACCCCCCCCGGCCAAGGGGGCGCCCCCCAGGACCGCCCCUCCCCCCCCGGGCACGGAGCCCCCCCGGGCACCGCCGGUGGCGGCGGCGAUCCCGGCGGUCCCGGCGGUCCCGGUGCCUGUCCCGGUCCCGGAGCAGGUCCCGGUCGCUGUCCCGGUCCCGGAGGCGGUACCGGAGCCGGUCCCGGUGCCGGUGUCGGUCCCGGAGCUCCGGGAGGCGCUGGCCCAGGAGCGGCGCGGGCGGGAGGCGCUGGAGCGGGAGCUCGGGAAACUGCGGGCGGCGGGACAGGGGCUGGCCCGGCGCCUGCAGGAGGCCGAGAGCCGCAACCUGGAACUGGAAGCGAAACUGCGGCGGCUGCAGAGUGACCCCCCCGGGCCCGGCCCGCCCCCUCCCCAAGGAGGCGCGGAGCAGCCCCCCCCCAUGGCCCCCCCCGCGGAGGUG